GUCGUUAGCGAUGAGGCGGUUGGGUUGUUAAGUGAAGAAUACAAUGCCGCGAGUCGACGAUGGAAGCAAAGCGACGUGAGUAUGGCGAUGGAAGCGAAGCAUAAACCACCAAUCCUUGGAUUCCAUCCCCAUAAAUAUUCUAUUCUCUCGUACCCUUUACGUUUCUUCUUCUUCUGCUUCUUCUUGCUCAUAUAUACCAAAUCACAUUCUCAAAUGUUGAAACAAACAUACUGUCUCGUUGAUCCAACAAGCAUUGCACUCUGCAAUGCUAGAGUCCGAUCUCUGGCUCACGCACCUCAUCCACCACUCUCGCCCCUCCACCCUUUCUUCUUCCUUCAUUUCGUUCAAGCCUUGGGGUGGGAACCGCCGGAUAUCUGGCGGGGUUGGGCUUUUCCGGCGACACAAGAGACGGGGUGGUGUUUUCUUGUCGGUGAGUUUGUGGGUAGGUAAGGGGGAUGAUGGGUGUGUUGGGGAAUCGGAGGAGGAGGCAGAGGAGGAAGUGGUGUUUGCGGUGGAGAAGACACGGAAGAGUGGAGGAGGAGGGGCUGGCGGAGGUGCCAUGAACACCACUAAGCAUCUCUGGGCUGGUGCUGUGGCUGCUAUGGUUUCAAGAACUUUUGUGGCUCCACUUGAGAGACUAAAGCUGGAAUAUGUAGUUCGAGGUGAACAGAAGAAUCUGUUUGAGCUGACACAGAAAAUUGCGGCUUCUCAAGGGCUGAAGGGCUUUUGGAAAGGAAAUUUUGUCAACAUCCUACGCACAGCCCCAUUUAAGUCUAUCAAUUUUUAUGCUUACGAUACAUACAGAAAUCAACUAAUGAAACUGUCUGGGAAGGAGGAAAACACAAAUUUCGAGAGGUUCCUUGCUGGGGCUGCAGCUGGAAUCACUGCCACCUUGCUGUGUUUACCCUUGGACACUAUCAGGACGAAGAUGGUUGCGCCUGGUGGGGAAGCCUUGGGUGGUAUCAUUGGUGCAUUCCGUUACAUGAUCCAAACUGAAGGGUUCUUUUCUCUUUAUAAGGGCAUAGUACCCUCGAUUAUAAGCAUGGCACCUUCAGGUGCUGUUUACUAUGGUGUUUAUGACAUACUGAAAUCAGCUUUUCUGCAUUCCCCAGAAGGGAAGAAAAGAAUUCUUCACAUGAAACAGCAGAGUGAGGAACUGAGUGCUUUGGAACAACUGGAGUUGGGACCCCUUAGAACAUUAGUCUACGGGGCGAUUGCUGGUUGUUGUUCUGAAGUUGCCACAUACCCAUUUGAAGUUGUGAGGAGACACCUUCAAAUGCAAGUUCAAGCAACAAAAAUGAGUGCAUUGGCAACUACUGUCAAGCUGGUCAAGCAAGGAGGUGUUCCUGCUCUGUAUGCUGGACUAACUCCCAGCUUAUUGCAGGUUUUACCAUCAGCUGCCAUAAGUUACUUGGUUUACGAGUUUAUGAAGAUUGUUCUUAAGGUGGAAUCCACAUGCAUCGUCAAUCCUAUCAAGAAAAAUUCUGGGUUUGCUCCGGCUAGUUGAUGCUCAGAAUGAGUAACAUUUUGUUAGAAAGCAGUUUCUUGAAAGAGAAUAAUCCUCCCAUGCGAUCUCCCUUGACAAAGAUCAAAAGAAAAUGUCACUUCGCAUUCAACCUUCAUUAACAAUUAUCAUUCUAUGUAACACUUCCAUUGAGAAUUCCUCAAAGAGCCAAAAUGAUAAAUAUCUCAAAUAAAAAGUCUUUAAAUGUUAGCAAGCACUAAA